AGUCUGUGCUGCCUCACAUUUGCUGCUGCAGCAGGUUUACAGUGAACAUGUCUAUAUACAGACUGAGCCUGGAGGCUACAGGCUAAUCACUGGGAAUGAAACACAACAGACAGGCUUAGGAAAACACACAUUCAGCAAAAAAUAUAAUCUGUCACCGGCCAUUGUUCAGCUACAGUAUACAGGCUCUGCUGCAGGUGAACAUUUCUGACAACUUUACAGUUUAGAAACUUCGAUUUCAGUGUUUGACCAGCCUGAUAUAAGCUUUAUAAGGAGGUGUGCACGGCAUUAUAUUACACCUGAUUACAUUUACACCAUGACUGGAUUAUUAACAGCACCUGCAACAGAUUUAAACGUUAUCUGUUUCUAUGACAAAUCAAAAAGGCAAUCAUAGAAUUACACUGAAACGGACAAAAGGCAUGAAUACAUAUGACAAAAUUAUAAAUGUAAGAACAUUGUGUACUUUCUCCAUAUGUUCAUUAAGCAUCUAUCAUCAGGUCUUCUGCAGAAAAACAACAAGCGCAGUAAUACAGUAUACACAGGAGUAGUAGAAGUAGGCAUCCAAAAUAUUAUGCAAGUGAAAUUGAUGAUGAAUAGGUCUAAAUAAAUAAAAAUCAGUUGAGCUCAGUUCUGCUUAACAGCUUUGUUUCUCCGUUUAUUGUGUAGAUGUGAAUAUGAGAAAACGAAUCAGGGAGGCGGUAAAACAGACAACAUUAUGUGAUCCAGUAAAGAGGGCCGGCAGUAUCCCGGACACAGAACAUUUGGGUUAAAAACAAUAUAAUCUGAUGAUUUGUGAAAAUUGUCAGAGUGUUAAAGGUCACAUAUAUGUUAUUAAAUCCUGUUGACACUUUUAGAUUUAUGAUUUAAUUGUUAACCUAAAAUUCUUUAUUUGUCUAUGUGUGCAGUACUCAACCAUCAUUGGUUGAGGAGUUGGUAUCUUCAGUGCAAAUUUUGAAAACAAAUGAGUAUGAACAUAUUUUCUUAUCUGUUCUAUUAUCGUCAGUGUUACCAGAGCCGCUAAAUCAGGGUCAAAUAGAAAAACAUUUUGACAUAAACGCUGCUCUCUGAGGAUGUCCUAACAGGAAGAGAAACUUGUAGCUUUAGGUCUAUUUUUCUGACUGUUCACUGUCCACACACAUCCACAUCUCCGGGUUUUCCCUCAGUCUCCUCUCAUCCUCUCAGCCUGCUCACUGUUCAGGCCACAGAGCCAGUCUGCAUCAAAAACCAGCAAUAAAAAACAAGGCUGGAAAUGAGAGGGCAGGCCUUCAAUAUAAAAGCUUUAAUCGUACAGACGGGGUUUCAAAAAUAUUUGUGUAUUUAGAAAAUGGGUCUUACAAAGAGGUUCUGUAUAUUGUUGUUUUAUUUUUCAUGAAUGCCUAAAGUUAGUGUAUUAUUUUUAAACGUUUCCAGAUCACUCCCCCAUCCCUGUUUAAAAUGUUACUUCAGAUCAGGUUCUUAUUUUGAAGAGUUUCACCGGUGUUUCCUUUACGUCCCAGCUGACUUGACGCUGCUCGGAGACAACCCAUGAUCGCAGACGCAACACGCAUCCUCACACCACUGACCUGAGCUUAGCUGUGUCCUGCAUGUGUGUGCAUGUGUGUGCGUGUGUGAGCGGGAGUGUGAGUGAUCCCCACAAACCAGCAGCAGGAUGGAGGAUCUCAAGGAGAAUCUGGGAACUUUGGAUUGACGCCCGGGGAUAGCGCGCGCUCGGCCUGAACCUCACCGGGGUUUCUCGUGGGAUUUAUAUAUUUGGAUGUUGUCUGUUCCCCCUUUUCCCCCUUUUCUUCAAGGCAGUGGGAAUUUACACUUGGCUUACAACUCCGAUUAUUCGCGGCGAGCAAAAUGCCGUUCGCCAAAAGGAUUGUGGAGCCGCCGCUUCUGUGCAGGCACCAGAUCCCCAACGAUGAAGGUCUGCUUUUCGAGGACCUGUGUGCCAUCAGUAACGUGGUUCUGUCCCGGACCUUGCGACAGCUGUCCGACCUGGCCCGGCACGCCUGCUCCUUAUUUCAGGAGCUGGAAAACGACAUCAUCAGCACCAACCAGCGGGUCUGGGUCCUCCAGAACAAAAUAGGCCAGAUCCAGCAGUCUGCCAGUGCCCUAGACCCGAAAAAGGAGGCAGUGCCCGUGUCAAACCUGGAUAUAGAGAGCAAGCUAUCGGUUCACUAUCAGGCUCCAUGGCACCAGCAACACAACGUGUUUCAUCCCUGUACCCGACCACCAUGUUUGGAGGAGCUGCACAGAAGCGCUCAGCUCAGCCUCAGAGCCCUGCAUCGAGACGAACAACAGCACCAGCGCUCCACGAGUCGGGAGAGAAACAGGGUGACCAUCUCUAUCUCAGUGGCACCCCCUAUGCCCACGUUUCCCUCACCACACUCCAUCCGCCGGCAACAGAGGAGUCGCCUGGCACGGGCGGAGAGGAGCGUGAGAGAAAUAGAGAUGCAGACAAUACAGAGAAAAGAGAGGCAAGGGAGAGAUGCAGAUAAUCAGACGAUCCAAAGAAAGGCUACCUCUACAGAGGAAGGCGAAGGUGGUGAGAUCCUGGUAGGCCAUAGAGCAAAAGCCUCAGUCCCAAAAGCAGCCUCAACCCAGGAUAAACAGACAAACUGGUCCAAGGAAAACCACCCGCCAUCAGAUCAUAACACAUCUGAUUCUCAUGCCGUCUCCUCGUGCAUUAUUCCCAUUAACGUUACAGGAGUUGGGUUUGACAGAGAAGCAAGUGCUCGUUGCUCUCUAGUUCAUUCCCAGUCAGUUCUUCAGAGGAGAAGGAAGUUGAGGAGGAGGAAGACUAUCACAGGAAUACCCAAAAGAGUACAACAUGAUAUGGACUCAGAUGAAUCACCUGUAGCAAGGGAGCGCACAGUGAUCGUCCAUGCCAACCCGCACCAACUCUCUCUCUGUCAGGAAGACCUCUCUAUCAGUGGUCGCCUCCAUCACACUCGUGACUCUGGCUGCCAGACAGAUGAUUUCCUUAUAGCAUCUGCUCCUUCCCGAAGGCGCAUUAGAGCUCAACGUGGCCAUCAGGGAAUCCCUGCUUCUCUGUCCCAUUCAACAGGGAACAUUUCUUCCCUGGGUGACCAGUCAGACACCUCUUAUACCAGUGCCGCAGCUCAUGUACGAUUGCGCUCUCGUAGCUUACCACGCGAGGGUGGACGUCUGAUGGACAGUGAUGAGGAUGAUGAUGACAAUUAUGACGAUGAUGACGAAGAUGAGGAGCUUUCACCAUAUGAAGCAGAGGACUUUAUUCCACCUGGCCCAAGUCCAAGAAUGAAGAUGAUGAUGAUGAAGGACGAGGAAGAGAGCACAGAUGAUCAGGCAGCUCCUGAGCCACUCCAACUUGGAAGCCUAAAAAGGUUGCAGCGAUCUGGAGAAAGAGACAGAGGGGGAGGAGGAGGAGGAAGUCCAGAGCAUAGCUGGAUGGAAAGGGGUCGCUCCCGCCUGCCCCGCAAGGCUGACAUGGGCAGCUGUGAGAUUUCAUCAAGUUCAGAUACUUUCAGUAGCCCUAUCCACUCUGUUUCUACAACAGGAGUUCUAGGCAGCCAUGUGGACCACAAGGAGGACCACCAGUCAUCAAGUGGGAACUGGAGCGGUUCCAGCUCUACCUGCCCUUCUCAGACAUCUGAAACCAUUCCCCCGCCCUCUUCUCCACCUCUGACAGGUUCAUCUCACUGUGACUCAGAGCUGUCACUAAACACUGUGCCCAAUGCCAUUGAUGAAGGAUUCUCCCUGGAUCCAUCAUACCACUCUGACCUCAGACCCCAGGGCCAGGGUCACAGGUCAAGCUCAUUUACAUCCUCAGCCACAGAUCAACUGGAUGAUGCAGGGGUCAGUACUGCUAGUGAGGGGGAGUGGACAUACCCCCCAGACCAAGACCAGACUGAUCCCGAUCAUGACCUUGACCAUACCCAAAACCUUAGCCAGAGCCAUGGGUUAGCCCAGGAUUACAGCUCCAAACAAGGUCUUGAAGACCACAUCUGUUACAGUGAUAACAAGACAAGCAACACUGGAAAAGAGUCUCAUUAUCCAUCUGAUAUAGACAGUUUCUAUUCUUCCUCGGUGCAUUUUGGGGAGUAUAAUCAGAGUUACAGUGGAUACAUGUAUAACUAUGCAGACCCAGGGCCUGACUGUGGCAAAUCCAACACUGUGGCAGCACCACUGUCCCAUGGAAACUACCCCACACUUUCAGCUGACUUCAGAGCAGGCACUAUGACCCUGGGAAGGACAUGUCGACCACUAAGGAAACCAAAAGUAAAACCUCCCCCACCCAAACGGACAACAUCACUGAAGGAGACGAGUAGUAGUGUUGAUGUUGGAACAGACACACAGACAGAUCAGGAUCAACCAAAGACAGUUAGUGAACAAGAAUUUACAUCGUCUUCCACAGAUAUGAAGCUGGAACUGGAGCUCGAGCUGGGGGGUGCUCCAGAACCAUUACAGACAUCUUGUUUAGUGGCAGAGCCUUUGGGAACCUGGGGAAUGGGACUUGGAGGAGCUGUCGACAUUGUAGAGCCCAUGUCCUUCAGCUCAGCAGAUACACACUCAUUUAAGGAUGAAGGUGCUGUGCAAUCUGACUAUGCAGACCUAUGGCUUCACAACACUGAGCUGAAGUCCAACAAUGGUGAGUACACAUCCAUGUCCAACUCAAGCACAGCUACAGGCACUACUGUCAUGGAGUGUAUAAAGUCACCAGACAGCUCUUCCUCCUCCACAGAAACCCAAACCCAGGCCAUUGCACAGGCAGAAACCAGGGCAACUAGUCCACCACUACCACCUGGAGACUUCAAACUCGGAUCACCUGAGAAGUUAGCUGGCCUGGCCUCCCCAUCAAGUGGCUAUUCCAGCCAAUCAGAGACUCCAACAUCAACCUUGCCAUCAUCUUCGGCCGCUUUCUUCCCAGGACCUCUGUCUCCCUCAACUGGCAAGAGAAAGCCCAAAGUGCCCGAGAGGAAGUCUUCUCUAUCUUCCCUGCAGCACUUCCCCAGAGAUGGGACUGCUAUUUCCUCUGGAUAUAAGAGAGACCCAGACUUCCCACCUCCACCAUCUCAACUUGAUCUCAAUGUUCUUCAAGGCAGUUAUGUCAGACAUACGCUAUCCCACCGGACACACCACAUGCACACGCUCCACCACAGCAAACACAGAGUUGCAAAUGUUUUAGUCUCUGGAACAAAGUCAUUGGCCCCUGAUGCAUCCAAUACCAACCCAUUGCUAAGUUCAAACUCUGCUCUAACAAUUCCAAGUUCCAAUCUUUUAGCAAUUACUCCAUCUGCUCUCCGUUCAGUGCAGCUCCAUUCUGUUAGCAAAUCAGCAGAUAGAGCUACCACUAAAGACCAAGAUACAGUAAUUGGAGUGGAAACUGUUACAAGACCAAAAUGUCCUCCAAGUGGUUGUACUCUUGCUCCACCACCUGUUAACACUAGGCCUCUCCCUCCUCGAAGACCACCCCCUAGACCCCCAGUUCAUGACCACAUCUCUUCCCCUGAACACUUGCAUCCACCUCCACCCGGCCGCCAUCCUGAUGGGCCUCCGUCCUAUGAAAGCCUCCUACUUAGACAGGACCGCUAUGGACCAGGAACAUUCUGGGCUAUGACAGCCUUCAGGGCUCGGAUGGAUCCAACAUCUGAUCUCUCAGAGGACAGCUCACCCUUGCACCGCCCUGUGCCCCGCGCACCCCACCCUUCUCCUGUGGAUCUACACACGCAUAUUCAUUCACACACAGAGUUCAGAGGGCUCACGCACUCAUCUCAUGCACACCCUGAGUUUAGGGUUUUGGGGGAGCGGUCGUUUUCCCAAGAUGAUGAUGAUGAUGAAGACGAGGAAGAAGAAGAGGAAGAACAGGUGAAAGAACCACCAAGACCUGCAUGUUCCAGAGGAGGCAUACGUUCCGAACACCAUCCUCCUCCAGCAUAUGAAUUUGCUGGGGGAUCACACUUAGACUCAGGGCCCUGGGCUAGUCCAGUCAAAGUGCCUGGUAACACAAUGGAGACAUCGCAUCCUUACCUAAUCAGCGAUGCAAGGAAAAGAGGACAAGAAGAGCAUGAAGAAGAGGAAGAAGUGACAUCAGGUGCUACCAGAAGUGCCCAUCAGCAUCACCCACAGGAGAGCAAAGAUGACUCAACUACUCCUGACACUGAGGAUUACUUCAGUAAAGAUUCCACGCCCAGUGAUAAUUCGCUCUCUCCUCUGACGGAUGACACCAAAGUGGAUGAAGACAUUAUAAUCACAUCACCCAACAAGACCCGUACAACUGAGGAUCUGUUUGCUAUGAUACACAGAUCUAAAAGAAAGGUCCUUGGCCGUAAAGAUUCAGGAGACUUAAAUGUGAAGUCUCGUCUCUGCCCUACUGCUCCAGUGGCCCCUGUCUCCACUGUUAUCAUCCCACCAGCCCCUCCACUCAACAUCCCAGCCACACCAGCCACUGCAGCUGGGUCACAACGAGCCCCAGUGCCAAUCUACCGCAGCGCCAAGAAAUCCAGCACGUCCAACGAGGAGUUUAAACUCCUGUUGCUCAAGAAAGGUAGCAGGUCUGAUUCCAGUUACCGAAUGUCAGCCACAGAAAUUCUUAAGAGCCCCAUCACCCCUAAAACCCCAGGGGAGUCUGUUCAGGAAGGGUCUAUUCGGCAGUACGAGGAAUUACCCUCUACUUUUCAAGAGCCCGCUAUUUCUGGCCUUGAUCAAAUCCAAAUACCAGGCCUUUUUCCUAGGGCAAACUCAGAGAGUUUUACCCCUAAAACCCUUCCAAUGUCAGCUGCAUCUCGACAGGGACGUUCUCGCAUCCCCCCUGUAGCCAACAGCAGUCGUUACAGUACACGCAGCCGCCUCUACACAGCCCCCAUGCAAGCCAUUUCCGAAGGGGAGACAGAGAACUCAGAUGGAAGCCCCCAUGAUGACAGAUCAUCUUAAAACUACAUGAAGAGAGAUAUUCUCUUUUCUUUGUUGUGUUCUACAUUUUAAAUGAUCCCUUCUACUUUUUUAAUAUUUGAUAGGUGUGUUAUCGAGGCCAAUUUAAACAAAAUCUGACUGUUAUGAAAACAGCAAACAGCAAACAGUCUUGGUCAACUAUUAUAUUAAACUGUCAGAGAGAGUGUUGGGAGAUGCUGAACCAUAAGGGGAUGAUCAAGAACUUAGAGGAUAUCUAAAUACUUUAUCAUCAAAAAUAAAUUGCUUCCUCAUAGUUAAAAGAUAAAUACUUAAGACCUAUUUUGAUUGAACCGUGUUUUCUAAAAUAAAAUAAAAAACAUUUAAAAAACAGUCCCACAUAUUUGGUAAAUUACGAUAAGAAAUUUUGUGAAUUAUGGAUAUGUGCUUGUGCAUGAACAAGCAUUAUCCACUGAUAUUUUUACUUCUUGUGUUUUGAAUGGUGUGGGUGUGUUUGUGUCCCAGAGGAUAUGUUUUUCUUAAUAAAUUACAAAAACCUCAAAUGAAAUUAAUAUUCUUUAAACUUUUGGUGCCCAAAGCAUUGGCCAAACUUCACAGAGUCCAUACUAAAUACAUCUGCCAGAAACAAGGAAUAUUUCAUUGUGGAAGUUACUUAGGACAAAGCACCAAGUUAUCAAUUUCUUUCCAUCUGCAGACCUGACUCAGUCUUUACAACAGACGGAGCCAAUGAUAUAUUUCUUCACAUUAAAUAUAUCCAAGAGGAUAACAUGAUGCAUGUAUUUUUGUAAAACUAUGCCUCAGAACAUGAUGAUGAUGUUCACCAUGUUGCAUGACCCUAUAUGGAAACAUCCCCUGGAUACUGGUUUCUGUCGACAUUUUUGUGGUUCUUUUGUAUUUUAAGAAUGAUUAAUCUUUCAAGGAGUAAGGGCUUACGCCUAGAUGGGGCCCAUUUGUCAAAGAUACAGGCUAGUUAUGGACAAUCGCACAGUGGCCUUUCUCUACUAGAGGUGGUUGUAAGCAGGGCAUUUAUAAGUCCCUGCAAAUACAUGGACCUGCACCAUGUUUCAUCAGAAUUCAAUCACAUACUUAUUUAAACCCAACCUCAAAAUCUAGUAUGUUAAGACUGAUUCAAGCUUUUCCAGCUGCUGGCCAGUCUUGCUGUGCUUACUUGACGUUGAAAAGGUGCAUUUCAAAGCAGUUUUAAAGAUACCAUUGAGUGCAGACGGUAAAAUGCUUUAGAGGGUCCUAAAUCGGUUUGGCUAGAGGUUAGUUUGGAAAGAUUUCUGAGAAACAACCUCGAUUUUGCACUUGAUGAUGUUUUUUCAAGAAUUUUUCUUGAAACAAAAGUCUAUCUUAUAAUGAAAUUGCAUAUGUAUAUUUGUACUAAAUAUAAAGUCAUAUCUAUAUAAUACAACAAGCAGAAAUUUUAUAGGGAAUAAACCUGAGUGUAGCAAAGAAGAACAGGUCUCACUGGCAACAUUACACAUGACUCUUAACCAUGUACACUGUUCUCCUCUCCUUGUUGCCUCUCCUUCAUUUGCACUGACCCAGUAGCAUUAGACAGGUGAAAGCUCAACCCAGUGGCUGGUGUACGCAA